AUGCAGAAAAACGGUGCAAUUGUGCGCGUGAUCGCGACGAUCAAGACUACCACUACCACCACCCUGCCGUGUAUGUACGCAAAUUAUAGCAAGAGAAUUUAUGCUACACGGCAGGGUGGCGAGUCAAUUUUACUCUGCAACCAUGGCUGUGGCAUCAUCCUCUUCCUCGAGGCGCUCCAGCUUGAGAUCGAGACCAUCGAGGAGGAGGACCUCAAGGAAGAGGAUGAUGCCACAGCCAUGGAGGAGGAACAUGAGCGAGUCCGAGAGCAGUUCGAGGGGUUGUACCACAAGUCCCUCAUCCACGAAAACGUUGAUUUGACCGCGAUUCAGAAGUUCCACUACUUGCGAGACUGUCUUAUCGGUGAGGCCAAGAAGAUGAUCAACUCGAGUGAGUUCAGCGCGAAGAGCUACCAGGUGGUCUGGGACUUGUUGGUCAAGCGACAUGCCAACAAGUAUCUCCAGAAGAAGCGCUAUGUCAACGGGUUGCUUCAGUUUCCGCGAGUGAAAGGGGUGUCGUCGAGUAGCAUCCACGACGUGGUGGAUCACUUCAGCCGUUGUACGCAGAUUCUGGACCAGUUGGGCGAAGUGACCGGUGGCUGGGGCGUGAUGCUGACGCAGUUGUUGGUGUCGAAGCUGGAUGACGUGACGCAGAAGGAAUGGGAGGCGUUGGCAGCCAAGAAGGAGGACCCGCAGUUCACCGACGUGAUAGCGUUCCUGGAGGAGCGGACGAAGGUCUUGGAUGCGGUCGCAGUUGAUCAGCUGUUGGGCAGUCAGCGUGGUUCUCCCUCCGUGUCUUCGGUUCCAGCAGCCCAGCCCAAGAAAUCUUUCUCGAAGCUGACAGUGAACGCCGCUUCCGACUCUUCCUCUCCGAAGUGCAGGAUGUGUAGCGGCCCACACUCGCUUUCGAGCUGUUCGGACUUCAAGAAGUUGUCACUGGAAGGUCGUAACAGGCUGGUGUUGUCGAAGAGGCUCUGCAGAAAUUGUCUGUGGGGUGGCCAUUUCGUGAGGGACUGCAAUGUCAGAAGUCGCUGCUCCAGUUGCAGCGAGAAGCACAACACAUUGCUGCAUCCUGUUGGUAGGCUUGGUUCCGGUUCCACUCCGAACGCUGCGGUAACGGGAGAUUCACAGGAGGGUAGUUCGCGUUCUUCGACGGUGCCGGCAGCUCAACCGCAAGCGGUUACGAGUUCGGUGGCCACAAUUUACGCUGCAAAUGUGGCAGCGGAGUCGCGGAAGGUCCACGUGUUCCUGUCGACGGUGCUCGUGGCGGUGAAGGAUUGCCAUGGCCGGUUGCACACCGCAAGAGCGUUGCUCGAUAGCGGGUCGCAGGCGAAUCUGAUCAGUGAGCGACUGUGUCAGAUCUUGAGAUUGCCGCGGAAGAAGGUGAGCGUGCCGAUCUCCGGCGUCGGAAGUUCCCGUAUGCAGGUUGAUAGCUCGGUGUCGGCGAUUGUAUCCUCGCGUGUCACCAAUUAUACGGUCCCGAUGGAGUGUCUGGUGCUGAAGAAGGUGACGGAGGACCAGCCGUCGGCCACAAUUCCGAUCGACCAGUGGAACUUGCCCUCUGACAUGGUGUUGGCGGAUCCCGGAUUCCACAAGCGGGCUCCAAUCGAUUUGCUGUUAGGGCUGGAGUUCUUCUACGAGUUUCUGUUGCUAAAUGGUGGCCGGGUGCAGAUCCAGCGGCCGGGAGAAGGUCUCCCGCUGUUUGUGAACACGGUCUUCGGUUGGAUAGCUGCGGGAAAGACCGAUCUGGGGAGUCUAAACCCCGUCCCGAGCUGUCACGUCUCCGUCAAUGCGACACUGGAGGAGAAGAUCGAGCGUUUUUGGACGAUUGAGGAGCUGCAGGAGGCACCGAAGCGGUCGCAAGAGGAACAGGACUGUGAGGAGCAUUUUCAGGCCACGUUUUCACGCGACGUCACGGGUCGAUACGUGGUGCGACUUCCGAAGCGCAUGGGUUUCGAGAAGAUGGUCGGCGAAUCGCGAAAUAUGGCGGUGCGGCGGCUGAUGCAGUUGGAGCGGAGACUGGGCAAGGACGAAAGCUUGCGAAAGCGGUACAACGAGGCGAUUCAGGCGUACUUGGAUCAGGACCACAUGAAGGUUGUUUCGGAGGAGGAGCUGAAGGGCGACAAGCGGCUUGAAUGCUACCUGCCUCACCAUCCGGUCUUCAAGGAGUCCAGCACGACGACGAAGAUCCGGCCCGUGUUCGAUGGUUCUGCCAAGACGACGUCGAAUUUCUCGCUGAACGAGGCGCUGAUGGUUGGUCCGGUUCUCCAGGACCCGUUGUUCGAUUUGGUGUUGCGCUUUCGGAAGAAGCAGGUAGCUCUGGUUGCGGACAUAGAGAAGAUGUACCUGCAGGUUAAGGUCCAUCCGGACGAUACUCCUCUGCAGCGGAUUCUGUGGAGGCCUUCGCCGUCGGAGCCAAUAAGGACGUACGAGAUGCUACGGGUGACGUUUGGGUUGGCCCCAUCGUCAUACCUUGCCACGCGCUGUAUGCAGCAGUUGGCGCAGGACGAAGGAGAGGUGUAUUCACGUGCGAAAGAAGCACUGUUUCGUGACUUCUACGUGGACGAUUUCAUCGGUGGAGCGGACUCCGAAGAAGAAGCGCUUCUGUUGCGGCAGGAGCUGGAGCAGCUGUUGCCGAAAGGUGGAUUUAGGCUGCGCAAGUGGGUGUCAAACGCCACAGGGGCGUUGGCAGGGCUGGCUGCGGACGAUUUGGGUACGCAGACCACGCUCAGUUUCGACCAGGAGCAGGUGAAGACGCUGGGAAUAAACUGGCAGCCAGGGCCAGACGUUCUCGGCAUCGAUGUCACGGGUUUGUCCGUGAACGGGCAAUGGACCAGACGGAAGGUCUAUUCGGUCAUUGCCCAACUUUGGGAUCCAACUGGGAUCACUGCUCCGGUCAUUUCGUGGGCCAAGAUUCGAAUGCAGCUGCUGUGGGUCGCGACUCAAGGCUGGGACGACCCAUUGAGACCGGAUUUGGCCGGGAGGUGGACUGAGUUCUACCAGCAGUUGCCGGAGUUGUCGAAGAUUUCAGUCGACAGGUGCGCUUUCGUGGAAAAUCCGGUCCAUGUCGAGUUUCACGUGUUCGCGGAUGCGUCCGAAGCGGCCUACGGAGCGUGCAUCUACGCUCGAUCGAUCAGCCAGUCGGGGCUGGUCAAAAUUUCGCUGUUGGCGGCCAAGUCGCGUCCCGCAGGGUUGAAAAAGGUCACCCUGGCGAGGUUAGAGCUGUGUGCAGCUUUGAUGGCAGCAAGGCUGUACCGGAAGGUCGUGCAAGCCCUCAAGAUGGAGGGCACGGAGAGUUGGUUCUGGUCGGACUCGACAGUCGUGCUGGCGUGGCUGAGGUCACCGUCGUACGUGUGGCCCACGUUCGUUGCGAACCGAGUCUCGCACAUCCAGGAGUUGACGAAAGGGCAUCGCUGGAACCACGUCAAGGGGACUGAAAACCCAGCGGAUCUCGUUUCCCGUGGAGUCAUGCCGAAAGAUCUCGUUGGAUUGCGGCUGUGGUUCUACGGUCCGAAGUGGUUGGAGUCGUUCGAGGAGUACUGGAGCAGAGUGAAGCAUUUGGAGGUCGACGAGCCUGCUGAAGAGUUGCUGGAGAAGAGGAAGAACGUGCUGAUCGUGUCUGCUUCCCCGGAACCUCACCCGCUCAUCGAUCGUUACGGCUGUUACUGGAAGCUGCUGAGGAUUACGGCGUACUGCGUGAGGUUUAUCCGGAGAUGUCAGCGUCGCAAGCAGCCCCCUAGAACCCCAUUUCUCACCGUUGGAGAUUUGAAGGAGGCAAAGUUCGCGCUCGUGCGCGGCGUGCAGCAGGAACCCUUCGCCGUGGAGAUCAAGGCGCUCGCAAACCACCGACUCGUUCCGGCUCACUCGUCGCUGAAGCUCCUCAACCCGUUUCUCGACCAGCAUGGCAUUCUGCGCGUUGGUGGCCGGCUUGGACUCGCAGGCGAAGCGUACUCUACCCGACACCCCAUGAUCCUUCCCAGCAGCAAUGUUUUCACGCGACAAAUGGCGGUCGCGUACCACGUAACCUCGCUCCACUCUGGCCCCCGUAUGACACUCGCUCAGAUUCGGCACGAAUUCUGGCCGUUGAACGGCAAACAAUUGGCAACCUAUACUUUUCGCAACUGUGUGCGCUGUUUUCGUACCAACCCUGCCCUUGUAAAGCAACCCCCUGGUCAACUCCCAAAACCCCGAACAACCCCCUCUCGCGCUUUUACCGUCACCGGCGUAGACUAUUGUGGCCCUGUCUACUUGAAGCCCGUACACCGUCGAGCAGCUGCGCAGAAGGCGUACAUCGCGGUCUUCGUGUGCUUCAGCACGAAAGCGGUCCACUUGGAGCUGGUGGGGGACUUGACCACCGCUGCGUUUCUUGCUGCCCUGCGUCGUUUUGUUUCUCGCCGAGGUCUACCGUCCGAGAUCCACUCGGACAACGGUCUCAACUUCCAGGGAGCAAGCAACCACCUACGCGAGCUGUACGAGCUGCUUCGAGACACCAAGGUGAUCACGGAGAUCACCAGCGAAGCGUCCCGUCGUGGGAUCGAGUGGAAGUUCAUCCCGCCGAGAGCGCCGAACUUCGGCGGGCUAUGGGAGGCGGCCGUGAAGUCGGCCAAGACGUCGCUCGUCCGUGUGCUGGGUCAACGACAACUUUCCUUCGAGGACAUGGCGACCGUCCUCACCCAGAUCGAAGCGGCCAUGAAUUCGCGCCCGCUUACCCCGUUGUCGGAGGACCCGGACGAACUGGACGUGCUCACGCCCGGGCACUUUCUUGCCGGAUCGUCGCUGCUAGCGAUUCCGGAUCCGGACUACACGGACGUUCCCACGAACCGGCUGCAACACUACCAGCAACUGCAACAGCUGGUGCAGCAACACUGGAAGCGGUGGAGGCGGGAGUACAUCUCGCAGCUCCACAACCAGAACCAGAAAUUCCCGCAAGCGACCCAGCUGAAGGCUGGACAGAUGGUGAUCCUCAAGGAGGACAACAAGGCGGCAAUCGAGUGGCCCCUCGCGCGGAUCGUUGAGGUCUACCCGGGCCCCGACGGCGUCGUCCGCGUCGUGAAGCUGCGUUUGCCGAACGGUGCGGUCUACAAGCGGCAGUCAGCACGUGUCUGUUUGCUACCAUUCGAGAAGGACUCGGCGGUGCAGCACACGAACGCCUUCUACCCUCAACCGACACAAGGCGCAGCGUAG